UUUAUUGAUUUAUUUAAUUCUUGAUUUAAUUUAUUAUUUCAUGAUUUCAUAGUAAUUUCAUUUUUUAAUGAUUUAUUUAGUUAUUUCAUGAAACUUGAGUGUCAGCUGAGGUUGUUUUAUCUGUCAUACAUUUCGUUCAAUGGUUGUGUUCCAAUCAAUGCUAGAAGUUUUUUUUGGUUCGUGUUUUUGUUUUGUUUAGAACGUACAAAACAGAGGAAACACAUGUGAGUUCUUGUCACACUUAAUAGAUUGUUGAUAAUGAAAUAGUUAUGCAAUUAAUUUGACAAAAGCACAGCUGCCAGCAGUAAAAGAUUAACCUGUUGUGAUGUAUUUUAUUUUUUGUCAUAUCGUAUAUGUAUUGUGCGCUUUUUUUUCUUUUUCUCUCUCUUUCUUUUCUUUUCCUUUUAAAUUGUAAUUUUACUGCCUUUUUUGCAUCAUGGCCAGGGGACUACAGAUGAAAACUAGCCUUCUGGCUAAUUCUGGCUUUUUUAACCAUGUGUAGUCAUGUGUUUUAUGGAAUUGCAUUGUCCCCUUUGAAAUAAACUAAUCCUAAUAUUAAUCUCAAUUUUGCCGGUUAAAAGAUUUGUGGAUAUUUAAGGGAGCUUUAAUAUAGGUCACGUAUCAUAGUUAGCCGCCUCUUACUAGCAGUUUUUCACUAUUUAGAAUGCCCAGAAAAGUGAAAGACGUGUUUAUGUCGCACAUAAGGAUAGCGGAUGAUGGGCAAACUCCUCCCUCCAAAAAGAGCAGCUUGAACGCAGCACCAAAGGUCGAGUCAGGUGGAAGUUAGCUGGUUAAAUUCCCAUUCUGCCACUCAGCCAGCAGCUUGACUAUCCAUUAACCGACAAGUAUUGAUUAACCGCUGUGGUCAGACGGUGAAGCUACCGUGUGCAGUUGAUGACAAGACACCAGAGGAGGAGCUUUGCGUUGAGGUCACACUUGAAGAGUACAACCACAAAGUUCAUUACAGGCAAAUGCUGCAGGAAGUCAGGGACACGAUAAUUGUUUGUGAACGAGUGAAAAAAUGUUAGCGGAGUCAGUGGUUUUGUGUCUGGUGUGUGGGGCGGUCUCCUGGGCCCAGGACCUGAACAUGAGCAGGGCGCUGCAGUUGAUGUCUGAGACGCCGCUCAUCGACGGCCACAACGACCUGCCUUGGCAACUUCGACAGCAGUUCGACAACCAGCUGAACAAAGUGGACCUAAACACUCUGGGAACAACACACACCAACAUCCCAAAGAUUCAGAAGGGGCGUCUGGGAGCGCAGUUCUGGUCAGCCUAUGUGCCGUGUGCCACUCAGUACAAAGAUGCCGUCAGACAGACCCUGGAGCAGAUUGACGUGAUCCACAGGAUGUGUCACAAAUACCCCGACUAUUUCAUGUUCGCCAGCAGCAGCCAAGACAUCAUGGCGGCGUUCGGUCGCAACAAGACGGCCAGUCUGAUCGGGGUGGAGGGAGGUCACUCCAUUGACAGCAGUCUGAGCACACUGCGGACCUUCUACCAGUUGGGGGUGCGCUACCUCACCCUCACACACUCCUGCAACACGCCCUGGGCAGAUAACUGGCUUGUGGACACUGGAGCAGAAGCCUCUCAACACGAUGGAUUAUCUCCAUUUGGCAAGCAAGUGAUCGCAGAAAUGAACCGUGUGGGAAUGCUGAUAGAUUUGUCCCACGUGAGCGUGAGAGUGAUGAAGCAGGUGUUGGACAUGUCCGAGGCACCCGUCAUCUUCAGCCACUCCUCCGCCUUCGCCGUCUGCCCACACAAGAGGAACGUUCCGGAUGAUGUUCUCAGAAGAGUGAACGAAACAGGAGGAAUUGUAAUGGUUAACUUUUACAACGACUAUGUGACUUGUAGCCAGACCGCUACACUCUCUGAUGUUGCAGAUCACUUUGACCAUAUAAGGAAAGUGGCGGGAGCUGGAAUCAUCGGCUUCGGUGGCGACUAUGAUGGCGUUACAAGACUUCCAGAGGGUCUUGAGGACGUGUCCAAGGUACCCAGUCUGGUAGCGGAGCUGCUGAGAAGAGGAUGGUCUGAUGACGACGUCAAAGCUGCUCUGGGAAACAACUUGCUGCGAGUCCUCAGACAAGCCGAACAGGUCCGUGAGCGUCUGAGCGGCAACAAACCUGAUGAUGUUCCCAUCCCAGACAAGGAGGUGCAGAACCCGUGUCGGACUAGCGAUGAUUCCGACAACAGUGGAAGUGUUGCUUCGCUCAGCAUAAAGUCUCUUCUGUUAGUCCUGACUUUGCACGCCGGCAUCAUUUUCACUGCUUCUUAGUGUUGUUGCUCACAGUCACCAGCACACAUUCCAACUGAUCGAUUUGUUCGCUUGUUUUAAGUGGGAUUUAUGUUGCUUAUGCAAUGUGGGCCGAUUAUCUCCUUUCAAUUUUUAAGAGACCCGAAACUAAAAAAGAUGAUAUUGUCGUGUAAAGUUGUAGUGCUGAAUACAGAGAAUGACAACAAUAUGUGCGAGGGUGUCAUUUUUAAAGUUUGUUGGGCGCAGGGGUGGAAUAUGCAUGAGUCAUUUUCACUGUAAAUGUUAUUUUUAAAAGAAAAAAAAUUGAUUGAUCGAUUUUUUGAUUGAAACUUUUAUCAGUAGAUUGCACAGUACAGUACAUAUUCCGUACAAUUGACCACUAAAUGGUAACACCCCAAUAAGUUUUUCAACUUGUUUAAGUCGGGAUCCACGUUAAUCAAUUCAUGAUAGAUUGCGUAUUUUUAAGCUCUAUUUUGGCCAUGUGUACAGAUCACGCAAAUAUUUUCUGACAUGGGAAUCGGUGAAACCCGGUGGUGUCACCACAAAAUAAAGCUCAUACUGAAAAACACAUACCGUAUUUCCUUGAAUUGCCGCAGGGCAUAUAUAUAUAGUAUGCACCUGCCUUGAAUUACUGUCUGGUCAAACUCGCUUUGCAAAAUAAUUAGCGCAUGCUUAGUAUUACCGCCUGGUCAAACUUGUGACAUCACUAGUGACACUUCCCCUGUCAUCAUUUUCAAAAUGGGGGAGGCUGAUUUCAAUACCAGUAAUUCGAAAUUGCAUAUAGGGAAUAAGAUUAAGAGCUAUUCAGUGGGAUUUAAGGUCCAAGCUUACAUCACACUCAAUUUUUUACUGCAUGCCUUUGGUAAGUGCUGGAAUGAGAAGAGGUUUUAAAAUAAUUAGCGCAUGCUUACUUUUACCGCAUGCCUUUGGUAAGCGCAGGAGUGAGAAAAGGUUUUAAAUUAAUUAGCGCCCCGGUGGCAAUUCAAGAAAAUAACACAUACAUAAUGUGUUAGCUUGAUGCUAAUAUACAUUGGCUUUGCUACUGUUUAGCAUUAGCAAUUUUACAUGGAGAUUGUAACACCUCCAAAUGUGUUGAUAAAAACUACAACUAAGACAUACGGUACAAUCAGACAGCUGAUGCGUAAUAAGUACAACACAGUAUCAAGACUUUUUAGGGCGCAACAAAAACAAAAGAACAGGCCAUAGGCUGCCAUCCAACGUGUUGGACGUGCAACUAUAACUCAGUGCAAUACUUGCAGGUGACAAAGAUAAGAACAACUGGACGGACGUUAUUGUAAUCAGCUCAUUUUUAACUCUUGCAAUAAAAAAAAUUGAUGUUACUAUUAAAAAAUGAUUUAAUAAAAUACUAUAUUUAUUAACACGCACAAAUUACCGCAAAUUGGUACCACCCAUCCCUAAUAUGCACUGAGAAUAUGGUGGGUCUUUGUACUAUUAUGAAGUAGUACAUAAAGUAGGCUGUUUUGUUUUUUAAUACUAUAGAAUCAAAUUGUAAUUAUAUAAAUUUGUUAUCAAUUAUUUAAGUUUUCCUUGUAAACUUGACCUCAAAAACAAUGGAUUUCAACCAAAAACUACAAAAAAAUUCUCAGUUGAUAUUUUACUUGUUUUAUACAGACUUAAAAGUAGACACUAGAUGGCAGUAAAAGAACAAGUUCAGUUAUUUGUGUUUGUUUUACACUUGUGUUUGUCAAUCCUAAAAAUGUUGUUAUUUUCCAACAUGUAAAGAGCAUUUGUAACCUCUGUAACGCCAAUUUUUUGUUCGCGAAUUAUCAUCACAUGUCAACAUCUCUGUCAUGUCAGCAUUGCAAAUGAAAAAUACUUGUCUGAAUUGUGUUAGCCAAGUAAGAGCACCAUUAUUUUACUGUAAUAUAUGACUCCAGUACUAAUAAAAUUGGUAUCCAAAUAA